AUGGAAAACAUUGAUUAUAACGAUUCUGAUAGUGAAUCUGUAGAUGAAAUCGAAAACUUUCCUAUUCUAAACUUCGAUAACGAUACAUAUCAAAAUAUUAAGGAUAAAAUAUUACAACUAGAUGGCGAUGAUAAUGAAGACUAUGACCUUAAUAGUGAAAUAGAAGAAAUUAUAUUACAUGAUGAGUAUGGUAAAGGAACUAGAGAAACAGACUGUAAUGAGAAACAUGAUGACUUAACUAGAGUUUUAGAAACAUUUGGAAAUUGGAUUCAGUUAGUAGCAAAAUCAGAUAAUAUAAUACAAAAACAACAGCUUAUCUGGUUAUUGUUGCCAGCAGUUGAGUCGUUAAAGUCUUAUUUGCCGCGAGAAUUGCUUUAUAAACCAAUAAAUCCAGAUCCUUCUGAACGAUUUGUUAUGCCGACUCUACUAAUUACUCGAAUAGCAUUUAGAUUAGCAAAAAUAGAUUUAAGCAUUAAAGCAAAAGCAGCAUCUUUAAAAGAAAAUGAGUGUACAUACUUCGGAAAUCUUCUUGGAGAAUCUUUAUGGCAAUCACGCAUCUUGCUUAAAGAUAAUUUGCCAAUAUUAGAAAAUCCUCAAUCGCUUGUACAAUAUGCUUCGUCUUAUUAUGGUUCUUUUUGUAAAAAAACAUGA